AUGAAUUGGGAAGUGGAAAAUUCUGGAUCCUAUAGAAUUCAUGAUUCUCUACAGGUGGUGUGGGUCCUGAAGGGAAAUGCUUUAUUCGCAGUUCCUUUUAGCAGCAAUGUCAAACCUGUCACUAUUUACUCAGACACAGAGUCCCACAAUGAACAAAAAGGAAGCCUGGUAUACCUGGGACUCAAGGACGUUGACCUCUGCCUCUUCUGUGGGGAAAAGGGCCAUCUGACUCUGCAGCUUAAGGUGAGUGGUUGUGAGAAGAUCAUGGACCUGUAUGUGGAAAAGAGCGCACUAAAGCCCUUUCUGUUUCUACGAGGCAUCGAGGGCUCCACCUCUACCUUCCAGUCGGUGGCCUACCCCGGCUGCCAUCUCUCUCUCCCUGUUCUGGGCAUCCUGGGACACCUGGUGAAGGACGCUUGCAGCCACACAUGUACAAACCUGGAAGUAAGAGGGAGCUGCUCCGUGGGGAACCUUCACCGGUUGGGGAGGGGAGUGAUAACAGGCCCAGAGCAGGCACCAGCCUGA